AUGGAGUUGGAUGGCUCUGAACAGCCAGCCUCAGUGGACGUGGACCAGGGCCUGACUCUGGCCUGCGUGGCCUUCCUCUGCCUGCUGCUGGUGGCCAUGAUCAUCCGCUGUGCCAAGGUCAUCAUGGACCCCUACAGCGCCAUCCCCACCUCCACCUGGGUGGAGCAGCACCUGGAGGACUGACACACUCAAACAUACCUGCAUAUGUGUGAUCCUCCAGGAAAGGAAGGUUCAUCAAGAGUUCUGUUAUGAGCCAGUGCUUGUUUA